UUAAGCAUUUAGGUGUAAGCUGAUCCCUGACCUGCCUUAAGCAGGUCCUAUAUCAAGGGAAUUAAUUAGGAUUAAUGUAAGAACUGCUCUCACGUCUAGGGCUCCGGAACUCACGAAGUACCCUGGAGGAAGCCUCUAAACAGCACGGUCAAGCGUCAACUAACAGAAAGCAAAGAGCAAGGUCUUUAAAACCACUCGCCUGGAAUCGCCACCUGUCAAGUAAGUCUACAUAGAAAGAUGUCCUUGGAGAAAAUGAAAGAUCUCUGCCUGGAGGAAAAAUACCUUCAACCAGAAACCAAAGAAGUGAAUGGAGUCCUCAUGACCAAGAUAAUAAGUGAUAAUUGGGACAAAAUCUGGAAUUUCCAAGCAAAACCUGAUGAUCUCCUCAUUGCAACCUAUGCAAAGGCAGGCACAACCUGGACACAGGAGAUUGUGGACAUGAUCCAAAAUGAUGGGGAUGUGCAGAAGUGCCAACGGGCUAACACCUUUGACCGACACCCUUUCAUUGAGUGGACUCUACCCCCACCCGGCCACUCAGGUCUCGAUCUGGCCAGUAAAAUGCCCUCUCCUAGAACUCUGAAGACUCAUCUGCCUGUUCAGAUGCUACCACCUUCCUUCUGGAAAGAAAAUUCAAAGAUUAUCUACGUGGCAAGAAAUGCCAAAGACUGUCUGGUGUCCUACUACCAUUUCUCAAGAAUGAAUAAAAUGGUGCCUGACCCUGGUACAUGGGAGGAAUAUGUUGAGACAUUCAAAGCUGGGAAAGUCCUGUGGGGCUCCUGGUAUGACCAUGUAAAGGGAUGGUGGGAUGUGAAAGACCAGCACCACAUUCUCUACCUCUUCUACGAGGACAUGAAGGAGGACCCAAGGCGGGAAAUUCAGAAGAUAUUGAAGUUCCUAGAGAAAGACAUACCAGAGGAAGUUCUGGAUAAAAUCAUCUAUCACACCUCAUUUGAUGUAAUGAAGCAAAACCCAAUGGCCAACUACACCACCUUGCCUACCAGCAUCAUGGACCACUCUAUCUCCCCUUUUAUGAGGAAAGGGAUGCCUGGGGACUGGAAGAACCACUUUACUGUGGCUCAGAAUGAGGAAUUUGACAAGGACUACCAGAAGAAGAUGGCGGGAAGCACCCUGAUCUUCCGCACAGAGAUCUGAGGACAACUGGUCAGGACUUCCCUACUAGGUUUUAGACAUUCGAGACUCAUAAUCAAGGAUUCUUAAGAUAAUGACACCCUUCCUCUAAUCCUAAACUUUUCUACACUAUCUGUAGAUCCUAUGACACUAUAAUAGCUUCAUCAAAAUGUAAUCAAAUCCAGGGGCCAGCCCAGUGGUGCAGUGGUUAAGUUUGCAUGUUCUGCUUCAGUGGCCUAGGGUUCACUGGUUCAGA